AAACCGCCAAACGCAUGGGUCGUACCGUGCAAAGCGUCAGCGUUUGUAGUGCCAACCGUGCGUGCAUUGAAAACUCCCACGAGGAGCUCGCGAUCGCUACCACGCUGACCGCACUUUCAUUCCUGGUUGCUGCUGAACGUGCUUUUUGAACGUGAAUUCCAAGUAUUUGUGGUGACACUUGGAUCAUCCGCAUUAUUUGGGUCACUCGCAGCGGGUCACUUAUAGCAUCGGGAGAUAUGCAAGAGGGAUCGAGUAAGCCGUCGUCUGAACCCUCCAGAACAAACGCCGAGGCUUCCGUACUCCAACAAGAAACCGACUCGGUGAGCAGCUUCGACGUGACAAGGCGACAGCCGGAUUCAAUUGAGAGUUUGCCACGUGCAACGUGCUGCUAUUUGGGACUAGGCUCUGCGGUUACUUGCAAGUACGAUGGCACAGAUGUCGUGCUGGUGAAACCGUUCACGCAACCUGGUACGCUGGGCGGCUACGCGUUCAAUCUGGCCUGCAAGUUCGAGACGAAACGGGGCAAAAUUUCUAGCGUCUGCUUGCUUUUCACCCUGUGCGCCGGAAACGAAGACGAUCUUGUGCCGUGGCCGUUUGCCAAGCAGGUGUCGCUUAGAAUCGUCGACAUCGAGAACACGGGCAAAGAUGUCAGUGUGCCUGUCAAGGUACGUCCGGAACAGGACGCCGAUUGCUUCAAAAGGCCUCGCGCGCAUGCGCCGCAGAAGGGAAUACUCUCCGAGAGGAUCGGCUGGAAGCAAGUGAACAAAAAGAAGCUCGUUCGCGACGACUGCUUGGUGGUGGCAGUGCAGUUUCAGUGAUGCUCGUUCUGCUUUACACCAUUUUUUUACACCCUUCGAGGCUUACGUUGCCCAAAAACGGUAAUUGUCAUCAAUUUUGCGCGUACUUCCUUUAAGGCUGCGCGUCUGGUACUUUGCUGUCAGGAACGCCACGAGCCUGUCAGCGUACUCAAGCGUUAUUGACAGGAAAGUAGCCGCGGUGUGGUGUGUUGAAUAAAGGAAGCGCACAAAGGAUUGGCGAUGAUUGUAACUGUCGGUAAGGCAAACCCUAACCCGGUUGUAUAGAUUUUUGGAAGAGUGUAGCACUUGCACGAUGCCCUGCGAAUCUAUUUGUGGUCACUGUUGCUUUCAAAUAUUUUUUUUACAUGUUGCGUAUGUUUUACUGUAUGUUGCGGCUGUUAAACUAUUAAUAUCCGUAAAUUGGCGGGAUUUUACUUAAGUUACGCUCGUUAAUAAAAAAACUGAAAUGAGAAGCUGUAAACUGCCUUAUGUCUGUGUGCAUUCACGACAUCUCUGAGGCCGAGAGACAAGUGCUGUGCAGAGUGCUGGACCAAUUGGACAACCGUCCACUAUCAGAAGUAAAUGCUUUAGGUUAGUGCUCCGAAAGAACAUCCGCGUUGAAGGCCUUACUCGCCUUACUAAGGUUCCUGCGGUGUACGGGCCUUCACGAUAGACUCUAAGAACGCCGCCCC